AUGGGCCGUACGCCGGCCUACAUCUUUGUCGUCAGGCACGGCAACCGCCUUGACGCUGCUGACAAGAAAUGGCAUCUUUCAUCCCCUACACCCUAUGAUCCCCCUCUGACCUACGGCGGCUGGCUUCAAGCCAGAGCUGUUGGCAACCAAAUCUCCAGCAUUCUCGAACAAGCGAAGGACGAGUACGAGACGGCUUCCAAAGGCACAAAAAAGCGACGUAGAUUCAAGGUCGUCAUUCAUAGCUCGCCAUUCUUACGAUGCGCCCAAACAUCCAUCGGAAUCAGCUCUGGUCUUGCACAAACUCCCCAUGAAUCGCCUUACCGUCCGAACGACAUAUUCGUUUCCGCAACGGGACCACCAAAGCACUUUCGAUCUACAAUAUUACGUUUGGAUUCCUUUCUUGGAGAAUGGCUGUCUCCCGAGUACUUCGAACAGAUUACCCCACCACCUGGUGCCGCCCUCAUGCUUGGAAGUGCGAAGGCCGAACUCCUACGACGCGAAGACUACAGUGCACUGACAUCUGCACCCGCUCCAACUCCGAUGCCUCACAGAGGCUCUAAUGCUUCUCUCUGGAACGGAUCUCCUGCCGCCAGUCCGUCUCUUGGACCCUUGAGACCAGGGUCUGCAGUGGAAGGUUCAACAGGGUCGGCUAUGGCUGCGGCUCUAACUGGGCAGCUGGCAACUCAGAUGGAAAAGAAAGGUUACACAGUCCCAAAGCCGAACUAUGCUAUCUCGAGUUCCGGAAAGAUCCCCGACGGAUUCGUGGCCCACGCGCGUGACGAAUGCGUUGUGGUGGAUUACCAAUGGGAUUCCAUGAGAGCUCCACUAGAUUUUGGAGAUGGUGGCCAGCUUGGAGAAGAGUGGACAGACAUGCACAAGAGAUUUCGACGCGGUCUGAAGAAGAUGGUGGACUGGUACGCUACGACUGAUGCACCUGAUGAGAUGGUAACGCAGGCUGCCGGAGCUUCAUCGAAUGACACACACGACCCCUCGAUUUCUGAAGACGAGGAUGUAGAGACUGUUGUUAUUCUUGUAUCUCACGGAGCUGGAUGUAAUGCUCUCAUUGGCGCUAUUACUCAUCAGCCUGUUCUUAUGGAUGUUGGAAUUGCCUCUAUCACUAUGGCAGUUCGAAAGCAAGAUGCUGAUUACGGCACUCUCCUGGCUGCAUCAGCAAACGAGGCGCCAAACUCUGAACCCCAUGUCUCCCCCCAUCAAAUGUACGAUAUUCGCAUGUCUGCAAGCACAGAACAUUUGCGCUCAACAACCUCGACUCCCGUCUCAUCCCGAUCAACUUCAGCUGAUGGUUUCCCUGCUGCUAUCCGCGGCCGCAACCCCAGCAUCGGCAGUACUGAUGGACCCGGCCCACUCAUUGGUUCUUUCGUCUAUUCCGACCCUAUCAUUCCCAUGGGCAGUCGUAGUGCUUCGGCCAGUGCAACUGUGGGAUCGUCCUUACGUCGAACUUCUGGGUCACAGCGACCACUGAAUCGAGGACCAGCUCUUACCACGGCAACAGGCGAAUCAGGCUCAAGGAGCAACUCACCGAGCGCCAACACAUCGUUCGGCCUGUGGACACCUGGGCCUUCGUCACUUAGACUGAUGGAUGAUGGUAGUGACGAUGCCUCUGACAAGGAGGACUUCGAUUCCGUGCUGCCUAACUUUAGCCGUUUUAAAGGUAUUCCGGAGGACAACAAGGGAGAAGCCCAAGCUUCUGCUGCCAUGUCUACCUCGAACUCAUCUACGCAAUCAUCUUUUUCUUCACGCUUUGAGCUUAACUCUACAAACUCAUUAUCUAUGAGCUUGCCGCCCGCCGCUAUCACCUCACUCAGCUCGUUCUCGUUCCCACCAAGUGGGGAGACUACUCCAAAGGCCACGCCCCGAGGUCCUAUUCUCUCGGCCCCUAUCAGAAUCAAGACAGAUAUCUUACACGAUUUUGACAAGCCCGCUGAAGAGCUUCAAAUUGGACAACUUGGAGAUGGUCUGGGCGGACUUUGGGGUCUUCCUCGACCUCCUGGCGAGGCCGAGCGUUUCCGCGAUAUGAGUCUUUCAAAACGACGUUGGACGACUACCGAGCGCGCCUAA